GGGGCCAUGAUCCUGUUUUUAUCUGCUCCUCGCCUAUUGUGUCAGACACCAAAAGUACUGCAUGGUGUCGGGCGUCUUCUCCACGAGCACAACAAAGAAAUCAAACAAAAAGCUGAGCGUCCAAUGGGGAAUUAUAAAUCAAGGCCCACACAAACGUGUACAGAUGAAUGGAAGAAGAAAGUCAGUGAGUCCUACUCGGUAAUAAUCGAGAGGCUGGAGGAUGAUCUGCGAAUCAAAGAGAGCGAGUUGACGGAGCUCAAGCAUGUCUUCAGCUCUGACGAGGCCUUCAAUAAAGUGAACUUAAACUACCGCACAGAGAGUGGCCUGUCCCUUUUACACCUCAGCUGCAUAUGUGGAGGCAACAAAACCCACGUCAGAGCCUUGAUGCUGAAAGGCCUCCGGGCUUCCAGACUGACCCGGAAUGGAUUCACAGCCCUGCACUUCGCUGCAUACAAGGACAAUGCAGAGCUUGUGACUGCCCUCCUCCAUGGAGGCGCAGACAUCCAGCAGGUUGGCUAUGGAGCCCUCACAGCCCUACACAUCGCCACAAUGGCCAGGCACCUCGAGGCUGUGGAUAUUCUUCUACAGCAUGGAGCGUAUGUCAAUGUCCAGGAUGCUGUGUUCUUUACUCCCCUGCACAUAGCAGCAUACCAUGGACACGAGCAGGUGGCCAAGCUGCUGCUGAAGUUUGGAGCAGAUGUAAACGUGAGCGGGGAGGUCGGAGACCGGCCUCUUCACCUGGCGGCUGCCAAGGGCUUCCUGAAUAUCGUCAAGCUGCUGAUGGAGGAUGGGGGAAAGAUUGACGUGAAUGCCCAGGAUAACGAGGACCACGUUCCACUGCACUUCUGUGCACGCUUUGGCCACCAGGAGGUGGUGCGCUUCUUGCUCCAGGGCAACUUCGGCAUGCAUUCACACUCCGUGAACAUCUAUGGGGACACUCCGCUCCACCUGGCUUGCUACAAUGGUAAGUUUGAGGUGGUGAAGGAGAUUAUUCAGCUGUCAGGUACAGAGAGCCUGUCAAAGGAAAACAUCUUCAGUGAGACAGCUUUUCACAGUGCCUGCACCUACGGCAAAAACCUGGAGAUGGUGACGUUCCUGCUGAGCCAAAACGCCAUGAGCAUCAACCACCAGGGCCGCGAUGGGCACACAGGUCUGCACAGUGCUUGUUACCAUGGACACAUCCGGCUGGUGCAGUUUCUGCUGGACAGCGGAGCGGAUAUGAACCUGGUGGCGUCGGACCCCAGCAGGUCCAGUGGGGAGAAGGACGAGCAGACGUGCCUCAUGUGGGCCUAUGAGAAAGGUCAUGAUGCCAUCAUAACUCUGCUGAAGCACUACAGGCGGCCCCAGGAUGACUCACCCUGCAAUGAGUACUCCCAGCCAGCAGGGGAUGGGUCUUAUGUGUCUAUCCCCUCUCCCCUGGGAAAGAUCAAAAGCAUGACUAAAGAGAAGGCUGAUGUACUCCUGCUCAGAGCCAGCCUCCCAUCCAACUUCCAGCUCCAGCUGUCAGAACUGGAGUUCCAUGAAAUCAUUGGAUCAGGUUCCUUUGGAAAGGUAUACAGAGGGAAAUGUCGCAACAAAGUUGUGGCAAUCAAACGGUACAGGGCCAAUACCUACUGCUCCAAAUCAGACACGGACAUGUUCUGCAGAGAGGUGUCCAUUCUUUGUCGCCUCAACCACCCUUGUGUCAUUCAGUUCAUGGGAGCUUGUCUUGACGACCCCAGCCAGUUUGCCAUUGUCACCCAGUAUGUGUCAGGGGGCUCUCUAUUCUCCCUGCUGCACGAACAGAAGAGGAUCAUUGAUCUGCAGUCCAAGCUCGUCAUAGCGAUCGACGUGGCCAAGGGCAUGGAGUACUUACACAACCUCACCCAGCCUAUCAUCCACAGAGACCUCAACAGCCAUAACAUACUGCUCUAUGAGGAUGGCCAUGCUGUGGUGGCUGAUUUUGGAGAGUCCAGAUUUCUGAUGUCUGUGGAUGAGGACAACAUGACCAAACAGCCUGGGAACCUGCGUUGGAUGGCCCCCGAGGUGUUCACCCAGUGCACGCGCUACACCGUCAAGGCCGACAUGUUCAGCUACGCCCUGUGCCUGUGGGAGCUGCUCACCGGAGAGGUCCCCUUCGCCCACCUGAAGCCCGCGGCAGCAGCAGCUGACAUGGCCUACCACCACAUCAGGCCCCCCAUUGGCUACUCCAUCCCCAAGCCCAUCUCAGCCCUGUUAAUGAGAGCCUGGACCGUGUGCCCAGAGGAACGUCCUGAGUUUUCUGAGGUGGUGACAAAUCUUGAAGAAUGUCUGUGUAACGUGGAGCUGAUGUCCCCGGCCUCCAGUAACAGCAGCGGCUCCCUGUCCCCCUCGGCCUCCUCCGACUGCUUGUCUGCACGUGGUGGGCCGGGCCGAAGUCACGUGGCGGCGCUCCGCUCGCGCUUCGAGCUGGAGUACGCGCUCAACGCCCGCGCGUAUGCCGUGUGGACUCAGAGCUCUGAGCGACGUUCAUCGCAGGGUUUGUCUUUGGAUGAACUCAGGAGGAAUCUACAGCAGUACCCACCCAUGGACAGAAAUGGAUACGUCUCAGAUCCCAUGAGCACUAUGCGGUUUCAAUCGUGUAGCAGCAAUGGCAGCUUUGAAGACAGCAACUAACACCGUCAGCUCCCUCAUCCACUAAUCUCACUUCAUCAGGCCUGAUUCUCUAAUUAACACACACUAACUAGUCAUCGCUGGCGUAAUGUUGUGUAAGUAACUAGUCGAGAUGUCAAACACAUUUAUACUUGUCACAUCUACUUUUGAAGUGGUUAUUAUGGUGUUGUAUAUUUUCAUGUAAAUAUUUUGCUCUUUUUUUGUUUUGGUCAUUUUUGUUAGCAAGCUAUUGACGAGAGUGUUGAAUUACGAGAGUGUAAAAAUGUGUGAGGCUAUGCCCUAAUACAUUUACAUUUAGUCAUUUAGCAGACGCUAAACCUAAUACUGUGCUCUAACAUGCAAGUUGACGUAACAGAAUGAUGCAGGAGGGUUUAUACACUGUGUACAUUUAUAAAAUAAAAUAAAAAAACCCAACUUGACAGUGUUUAAUGAGAAUAGCUAAGUUUGGUGUUUUUGGCUUGCUGGGAAUGUCAGAUACAGAAACGUACUCUAAUGAUGACUGGUCCCUCUGGAGCAAUAGUCUAGCAUUUUCUUACAAUCCUGACAUUACAUUUACAAAAUCGUUAUACAAAUUCCAGUUUACUAUCAGCACUGUGUUACAACGGUUUACAGAAAAGGCAAACACAUAUUCUUCAUUUGAUUUGAAGUAUUUAAGGUAAAAUAUAAUCUGAUUUGACAAAUGAAAA